GCAAAUCUCCACCCCCCCCCCCCCCCCUUGGUCACAGAAUGCUCUGGGAACCGUUCCAUCCCCACCCCUCAGACAUAAAUAGGGCCUCUGAUGAGGCCAAGAGAAGAAGCCAUUCUAGUCUUAGAAACUAAAGGAGAAGGUUACACAGAAUCAAGUGCUCCCUUUAGAAUGACUUCUGCUGACAUGAGUCUAAAGGCCACUGUGCUUUGCCUCUUGGCCUUGACUGACCUUGCCGUUGGUGAUCGGGUGUAUGUACACCCCUUCCACCUCCUUGUCUACAGCAAGAGCAUCUGUGAUCAGCUGGAGAAAUCCAACGCAGAUAUGCUCAAAGAACCGACCUUCACACCUGUCCCAAUUCAAGCCAAGACAUCCCCUGUGGAUGAGGAAGCCCUUCAAGAAAAGCUGGUGUUGGCCACUAAGAAACUAGAUGCAGAAGACAAAAAGAGAGCUGCAGAAGUGGGAAUGCUGCUUAACUUCUUGGGCUCCCGCAUGCAUAGAAUGUUGAGUGAGAAAUGGAGCUCCAGCAAUGGGGCCAUCCUUUCCCCUGUGACAUUCUUUGGCACACUGGCGUCUCUCUACCUAGGAGCUUUGGACCCUACAGCCAACAGACUUCAGGCAUUUCUGGGUGUCCCUAGGGAGGGUCAGGACUGCAUGUCUCGGCUAGAUGGUCAUAAGGUCCUCUCUACUCUGCAGACCAUUCAAGGCCUUCUGGUUGCCCAGGGUGACACUAGCAGCCAGAACAAGCUACUCCUAUCCACAGUGGUGGGUCUGUUUGUAGCUCCUGGCCUGCACCUGAAGCAGCCAUUUAUGCAGGGCUUGGCACUCUUUGCCCCAGUCACUCUCCCACGCUCUCUAGACUUGUCCACAGAUCCAGAUCUCGCUGCUGAGAAGAUCAACAGGUUCAUACAGGCUGUGACAGGAUGGAAAAUGAACGCCGUGACAGGAAUUGGCUCAGGCAGCAACCUGGUUUUCAACACCUAUGUCCACUUUCAAGGAAAGAUGAAGGGGUUCUCCUUGUUGGAUGGGCUCCAGGGCUUCUGGGUAGACAAUACUACCUCAGUGUCAGUCCCCAUGCUCUCAGGCACAGGUAAUUUUCAGCACUUGGAUGACACUCAGAACAACAUGUCCACGACGCUUGUGCCUCUCAGUGAGAAUGCCUGCCUGCUCCUGAUCCAACCCUACUGUCCCUCUGACCUGCGAAGAGUGGAGACCCUCAUCUUCCAGCACGACUUCCUGACAGGAAUGAAGAAUUUGGCUCCUCGGAUAAUCCACCUGACCUUGCCAAAAGUGGUGCUGAGAGGAUCCUAUGACUUGCAGAAUCUGCUCUCCCAGGCCAAGCUGGGUACCCUGCUGGGAGCCGAAGCAAACCUAGGCAAAAUCAGUGACACUGGUCUCAGAGUCGGCAAGGUGCAGAAUAACCUUCUUUUUGAACUAAAAGAAGGCAAGAGUGAACAACCCUCAGAGAAUGGCCAAAGCCUGAAGGUUACCCUGAACACCCCGUUUUUGUUUGCCCUUUAUGAGCGAGAGUCUACUGCCCUGCACUUUGUGGGCCAUGUGAUCAACCCGCUGAACAUGGUGUGAAGUCCCUACUGGAUUGAUUAGAAGGCAAUGCCAAGUUGUAGAGCCAGGCAGAUUUUUCACCUUUUCUCCCAAUGAGUCAUGUGAAUCUGGAAAGAAGCUGUGUCUUGUCCGUGAAUGUGGAGAUUAAUAUAAUGUGCAGCAAAUUCUGAGGUCUCAAAAGGCCCUGUUGGGGGUGGGGAUGGGGAGAGACACAACCAGGAUUUCACAUAAAACUACUAUUCAGAAACAGUUCAAAUGGAUGCAGCUAUUUGUGAGAACUAGAAUUGUUUCCUUUUAAAUUGAGAACAGAAAUAUGCUUUUCAAAGUUAAAUGCACGCUUUCCCUUGCCCUGGAUUUAUAUUUAGCUAUUGAACCUGCAUACAGUCUCCACAAAGUUUUAGUUUUUCUUGGUUUCUCAAUUUUUUCUUCCUGUAAACACAAGCUCCUGGAUUUAUGCUAGAAUGUGCUAUAUUCUGGCUGAUUUCCCAUUGUGUUAUUAAUCAAUAUCUUUUAACAAAAGGCAGAAAGAACAUUAUAAUUUUUCCUUAACAGCAAACAAAAAGUUAAUCCUCACUGACCAUAAAUCCUUGGAAACAGUAAAAGCAAGUUGGCUGGAAUUUUUUUUUAUCUUAUAUCAAAAUGAUAUGGAACUAUACUACUUAUUUUCCAUGAUCUGUAUCUGAAAUUUAGCUGACAAGCAUACAAGUGAAGGAACAUAGACAAGAGAGAUGGGAACAGAAGCAUGAGGGUGGGAGUGAAGAGCUGUUUGGGUAUUGGUUAAUUUUUUUUUUCCUGUAUGUGGGAUGACUCUAAGCACAACUGUCUGUUCUGUUUGCCUGGAAAUUGCCCUGCUCAGGCCAUGUCCUUUCCUCCAACUGGCCAUCCUGCCCACGCAUAGGGGGUCUGGUGUCAACCAAAUCUUGCUGUGUGGAUGGAUGGGGGCACCCCUAUUCCUCUGACAUAUAAUAUCAGUAACAACUGCCAACAAAUCUCAGCUUCUCACAUUCACUAAAAUUUUGGAAUUUUAGCUUUUAUGUCAAGGGUAAUAGCAAGUCCUUCCUGGCUCUGUGGGUGUGACUCUUCUGGUGAGGUUUUUGCUCUGUUGUGCUAGGCACACGAUAGGUAAUAUGGCACGUGUAUACUUGUUUACAAGAGUAUGGAUUCUAGAGACUGACAUGCUAGACUGGAAGACAACUGCCAAUGCUGAGUAAUCCAAAACUAUUUUACUUUUCUGGACCUCUCUAUCCUUAUUCAUAAGAUGGGUAAAUGUUAUAAGGACAUUGGUGGAUGGUCUUGGGCACUUUUGGUGGUGACCAAGUUCAUAAGUUCAUAUCAUAAACAUUAACACUAUUACUACCAUGUAACCUAAACUAUAAUAAAAAUUAUUUUAAAAAUUAAAA